AUGUACCCACGGGUUAUAUUAAAGGGAACCCUGUACAAGAAAUCACAGCAGAAGAGAAGAACGUCUCCAUGCAAUUACAAGGAAAGAUAUUUUGUGUUAAACACUCAGAGUCUUACUUACUCUGAACGUCGACCUGGGAAAAAGCCGGCUGAGAAAGGCUGUAUUGAACUAUCUCGGAUUAAAUGUGUGGAAAUUGUGCGCAGUGAUGUUCCCAUCCCCUGUGAAUAUAAAUAUCCUUUUCAGGUCUUCUACGAUAACUACUACCUCUACAUAUUUGCCCCAGAUAACGACUGCAGGUUAAAAUGGGUCAGAGCUCUAAAAGAAGAGACAAAAAACAACAGCCUGAUUCUGAACUACCAUCCUGAUUUCUUUGGUGAGGGAAGAUGGAGGUGCUGCCAUAUGACGGAAAAGCUGGCGCCCGGCUGCAGUGAAUAUUAUCCAAGCGAAUGCGCAUCUAAAAAACCUCUCCCACCAACACCAGAUCCACAGCGACGAUUCUCUGACCCCCCAGAGAGAAUUGUAGUCGCUUUGAAGAACUUCACCCCCCAGGAAGACACAGACAUCCCACUGCACAAAGAUGAGGAGUACAUCGUGAUUGACUGUUCAGAAACCAACUGGUGGACUGUCAGGGAUAAAGAUGGUAAUGUUGGGACUGUGCCUUGCAUUUAUAUUGCAGAGAAACCUACAAACAACCUUGAGAAAUUUGAGUGGUACAACAAAGACAUAACCCGAACACAAGCUGAAGAAUUAUUAAAGAAAGUGGAUAAAGAAGGUGCUUUCAUGGUUCGUAAUUCACGAGAAGCUGGAGUAUACACAGUGUCCGUGUUCACCAAAGCUCCAGGGUCGAACGGAGAAAAAUAUCCCAGAGUCAAGCAUUAUAAGAUCAGAGAGACGGAGGGUGAAGUGGUGCAGUAUUAUUUGGCUGAGAAUUACCUGAAAAGUACCAUUCCAGAACUCAUUCAUUAUCAUCAACACAAUGCAGCAGGUUUGAUAACACGGCUUAGGUACUGUGUCUCUAAAGGGAAUUCACCCAAGAUUGAGGAGCUAGAGCCAGAACUUUCAGAGCAGUGGGAGCUCAAUGCAGAGGAGCUAAGUCUUGGAGGGGAGCUGGGUAGUGGCCAGUUUGGUCUUGUGUUGGAGGGCACCUGGUGUAAUAGUGAAGACAAGGUGGAAAAAAAGGUGGCAGUAAAGACUGUUCGAGAAGGUGCCAUGUCUGAUGAGGAAUUUAAGGAUGAAGCAAAAGUUAUGAUGAAACUCUCUCACCCUAAGCUGGUACGGCUGUACGGCGUGUGCACCCAGCAGUCGCCUAUGUAUCUAGUAUUCGAAUUCCUGGAGAAUGGCUGCCUGACAGACUACCUGCGCUCUAAAAGAGGUCGCGUCUCACAGGAGGCUCUGCUGGGUAUGUGCAUCGAUGUCAGCGAGGCAAUGGCGUACCUGGAGAGCUCGAAUUUUAUUCACAGGGACCUGGCUGCAAGAAACUGCCUUGUUUCUAAAGAUCUUGUGGUGAAGGUGUCAGAUUUUGGAAUGACUCGGUUCGUCCUGGAUGACCAGUACACCAGCUACACCACCAAGUUCCCUGUGAAGUGGUCAUCUCCAGAGGUGAUCAGAUACAGCAGGUUUAGCAGCAAGUCAGAUGUGUGGUCAUUCGGUGUGUUGAUGUGGGAGGUGUACAGCGAGGGCCGGCUGCCCUACGAGUGCCGUACUAACGGAGAGGUGGUAGAAUCCCUAAAUGCUGGAUUGAGGUUACUGCAACCCCGUCUCUGCCCAGAAACUGUUUACCAGCUAAUGCAGUGGUGUUGGAAAGAGAAACCUGAAGACCGACCCUCGUUUGCCCUGCUCCUGCAUGAACUGGCAUUCCUAGCAGAUCUCUGAUUCAUGGCUAUUUCCAGCAGCAAGCAUUGAUAUAAAGUACAGUCCGUAACACUUUAUUUAUUUGUAUAGUCUAUUUAUUUUUCUGUGCAAUUCUUUUUUCUGUACAGUCUUUAUGCACAGCAGGCAUGGGUAGCAGUUUAAUCUCAGGGCUUGACAGCAAUAGUUUUAGGGAUUUGGUUCAUAACAUAUUUGAUAUUUUAAUGUAUUAGCCUGUUCAACU